UCUGGUGGUGAGUGGGAGCGGGAUCCGCGGCCCCGCCGCUACAUAGGGGCGGCUGUUGCUUAGUUUUUGUCCCAGUUCCCAGCGCAGGCGGUUGCGGCGCUAGGUGUGGUGGCGCCGACGCCGGUUCCCCGGGACUUUUGGUUUUGCGGAGCGGCCCGCGCUUGCCAAGGCCGGGGGGCACGAGUGAACAUGCUUCCCGAGGGCCAGCGGCCGCGUUAGAUCACCCACAGUAUAGAAUUUAAACCUUCUCUCUGAAGUGUGUGGUAAAACUAAAGACGACGAUGAACAACUAAAGGUAGUCUAGAAUUGUGCUCACUAAUAAUACCAGGACAAAGUUAAGAGAUCGCAACUCAAGCAUACGAUUAACAUGAGGGUACAGAUGAUGAUUAGAUUUUUUUCAGAAUUUUUAUUAACUACAGUCUUUAUCCUGUUUAUUUUUCUGUGCUUUCCCACCCCUCGUUUCCCUAAGACUGCUAUGAAGAUGUUUGAUAUUAAGGCUUGGGCUGAGUAUGUUGUGGAAUGGGCUGCAAAGGACCCAUAUGGCUUCCUUACAACAGUUAUUUUGGCCCUUACUCCACUGUUCCUAGCAAGUGCUGUACUGUCUUGGAAGUUGGCCAAGAUGAUUGAGGCCAGGGAGAAGGAGCAAAAGAAGAAACAAAAACGUCAAGAAAAUAUUGCAAAAGCUAAACGACUAAAGAAGGAUUGAAGGAAUGAACAGGCUCCAUGACCAGAGGGAAAAUCAUUUGGAAAAUUACGCAGCUUUGGAAGGACCCACUAAGGUUUCUUUUUUGGAUUUCUCAACAGUAUUACUUAGCAAAGGAAAUUCGACCAAAUGGAAGAAUCAUGCUAAUUCUAACCUCAAUACUGUAGUAACUUUUAGGUUUGGGUAUAUAAGUAUGUUGGUAUCUAUUGACAGUUACUGUAAAUUAGCUUUUACUAUGGUAUAAAUUCUUUAUAACUGACUUAAUCAUUUGCCAUUUUAAUAGUUUACAUACUGAAAAAAAAAAUCCUGUGGAGAAAAUGAUUUUAGAUUAUGAACUCUCAAAUUAGCUAUUUAAAAUGGGGCCCUUUUCUAGACAGAGGAAGUCAAGAAUGAACUUGAUUCAAAGGAAGUCAAAAUUGAACUUUAUGAGGUGAAAGGUGUGCAUUGUCUAAAGAGAGAGAUACAGUAUUUUAAUCACAUCUUUUCUCAUUAUUGCUUAUUUCUUAGAAUAAUUCCUGGCUUAAAGCAAAAUAAUAAUUACUUUCUAUUUUCUGCAUUUUUCUGAUAUUUUUUGAGAAAACUGGUACUUAGCAAGACAUUCUGCAUUUUUUAAACCUUUUUUUGUCAAGAAUUGUCUUAACUAUGUAGAAUACCACCUACUGGAUAUAACAAUUUUUGUACUUAGUGAAUGCUGCCAUUUUUUUAUGGACAACUUAAGAAGAGUAAUACUAUGAUUUAUAGCUUUCAAUAAAAAUGCCAAACACUGUAGUACCUUGGAACCAGUACCUUGAAAGUAGAUCUGUAUAAUUAUGUCUUAACAUAUAAUUUUCUGAGUGUACAGACACCAUUUUUGUUUUUUAUUCCACUCUUUAUUUUGAUUUAUAUGGUAGUGUUGUCCAGUACUUUUUGGUCAAACAGGUUCAAAGCAAAAACUAAAAUUUCACAUUAAAAAAAACAAAAAACUGUUAACAGUUAAGUUAUACUUUAUAACUAUUAAAGGCUUAAAAUUUGGAAAACAUUUUGUUGGCAUUGUAAUCUGGUGAAAAGGAUAAAUUAUGUCAAAGUGAGAAUGUUCUAUAAUUAGAAAUAAAAAGCUAAAGUAUG